CGUGAAUCGAAAGUUUCUCACGUCAGCCAAGAAAUUAUUGUCAAUUUGAAACUUUCACUAUUUUUCGUUCGAAUUGUUGUUUCGGGCUAAAAGUGCAAAUACCUGGCUGAAGCUAGCUGAAUUCCACAAUAUCGCAUUGAUUUGCUAAUUCGGUUGAAGCGAGGAGAGCAAAUUUUUAAAAUAAAAAUAUUCUGACUUCUGGAUUUUGUUGGGCAAGCCCUUUAUCCCUCCCUAAUCGUAUUAAUCAGCCUUCAAGAUUCGCGACCACAUGCUCUUCUGGUCUUAUAAGGACUUUUAACUGGUAGAAUGUUCUUACCGAUGAUAGACUUAUGCUGGCUGAAGUUCAUCAGAGCAUUUGGCCUGGUGAUGCAACUGGCGGAGGAAUCAAGGUUCAUCAUGAUGCUAAUCAGCUGCACGAUGGCCGUGGCCUUUAUCCUGAAUCUUUAUUCGGGAAGAACCAUUUUUCAGGAUGUGGUCAAUGCAGUGGGCAACAGAAGACUCGAAAUGAAGCUGGCCAAGCAACCUUCCCCAAUUACUAUACCGGAAAGCAAUAUGAUCAAAAGGCAGCUAAAGAUGCCCUUACAUUGGACGUACUACGAGGAUCUUCCGAUGGCGACUGUUCUGGAAAACAACGGAAACACUGUGAUCAUGCGGAUAUACACUGCGAACAAUUUUAUGCCCCAGCUUAGUGGAGCUGAGCUGCUUGGUAGAUACCAAUUUGUGGAGGCGAUCUUCAAGUGGGGCAGCCUCAAGUCCGAGCAUUCGAUUGGCAAGCAUAAUUUCUGCCUGGAGCUGCAGGCACUUCAUCGAUGCGCUCAGCUGAAUAACAACUUCGAAUACCUCACCCUGUCCUAUCUCUUUGCACUGAGUCACGUCAAGAACGAGCACCUCAAGCAGGUCACCGAUCAUCUCAAAUGGAUCUCGCAGCCAGGAUCAUCGAUUGAGCUUCCACCCUUCCACUUGGAGUCACUACUUCAACCAUUCGGAUCUGGUUACUUUUCCUACGAGGGCACCUACGACAACGGAGAUGUCGUUCUGCCCACCACCUGGUUGAUCAACCGUAAGAUAUCCGUGGUCGACUCGCGUCAGUUGUCCGAGUUUGAGGCACUGUACGGAAGGAAUGGCAACAGGAACUGCAAGAAUGGUCGGGAGAAACAGCCCUUGGGCAAUCGUAAUGUGUACUUUAAUAUCUAAUACCUUAAUAUCUAUAUCAAUACAAUCAUAAUGCAAUGUAAAGAAAUGUAGAAUCAAAAUGAAAUCGUUCCAUUUGAUUGCCAAUAAACUUAUUGAAAAC